UAAGGUUAAUAGCAAUAGUUUUUAUUGUGCUUUUCCCAAUUUUGGUCAAUCCACUACAUUCAGUCGGCACAGAUAACAAUUAAGUUUUUCGAUUGAAGAAGAGGAUAACAUAUUAGCAUCAAAUAAGUAACUUAAUUUAUAGUGGAAAUUUAUUGCUCGGUUAAACACAGCGUUUUGGGGUCAACUGACCAAACUUAUUAACUAUUAAGCCAAUUAGUACAAUCCGUGGAAAAUGGGGAAAGCACGAAUGUGCUUGAAUUCAGAUGUCUGCUGCAUCUGCGCCAUCCUUGUCCUCCUCCUGUCCAACAGUUCCUCUGGACAAUACUUUGACCCCAAAUUGGACGACAAAAUCUACUUGGACAAUCUCCAGCAUAAGUUGGAAUUGGAAUUGAACUCCACUCGAGUCAGGCUGGUGGAGCAGGCGAAACUCACGGAAAUGGUGGCCAAAGAAUUUGUAGCAGCGACAAUUAAAGAAAAUCUAUUCCUGGCAUUGCGCAUCAUAGCGGAGAAAGAGUUGGAGGAAAUGAACGCAGCGAAGCAGGGGAUUGUUCUGAACAAGGAAAAUAGCACUUUGGUUCCCCUUUUGUUGGCCAGACAGGAGGACAGUGACGAAGAUGGCUCAACCACCACGAACACUGGUUUGUUCCCGCAGGUGUCCAACUUGAUCAAAGCGAUUUUCGGCCAAAAUCAACGUAAACAGAAUAUGACAAACUAUGUCGAUGGUGCAAUGUCGCAAGCCAACAAACCCGUGAGCACUCAAGUGGUCGGGUUAGUAAAUGCGAUCAUGGGAAAACCAGUCGUAGAUCCGACGAAGCAGAGACUGCCAACUUCACAACAAUCGCAAUACCAAGUGGGGGGCAAGCCAUUCGACCCGAAGAACAGCAUCGACCUUUCCUCACCACCUGGAUUGGUAGGAGGAGGAGCAAUAAUGUCUCAACAGAAUAACCAGCAACUUUUGGAACUCCUCCUCUCUCAAACCGGAAGUGGUGGUGGUGCUGGUCGACCAGGUCCAAGUCAAGCAUUUCCCCCACAAAACAACUACCUUAACAGCCGACCCCCGGGACAACUUGAUCCAGCUCAACUGCAACAGUUGGAGUCAUUCUUAGAGCACUUUCAAGCCACUCAGGGUGUUAGUGGGGACGGAGGACAGAGACCAACCUACGAUAAGGGGACAUCUAAACCGUACAUUUAUAACCCAACCGGUGUUGGAGGGGUUGGAUCAUCGUCGGCUGGGUACAAGCCAAAGCCAAAUAUCAACCGACCACCACCACCAGGACAAGGUCAGCUAACAGAACAGCAACUGCACAACCUGCUGAACCAACAGGGCGGUGGGGGACUGGGAAGACCUCCCUUAUUUCAAGGUAACCCGAAUAUAAAUCAGCAAGGCCCACCGGAACAUCAAGGGCCCCAAGAACCAGAUCAGGCCAGCACAACCAUCAGCACCGACGAGGAUGACGAUGAGGACGAAGAUGGGCGCAGAUUGAGACAAUUCGGCCUGGGGGGCCUGCUCAACUUGUUUCGGUCGACUCCACGCCCAGCCCCUCCAGUAACGCCCGGUCCUGUGAUCCCUGCAACCCAUCCGCCCAUUACGGUCACGGUGGACGGACAGGCCGUCGUGGUACAGUCCGUACCUGCACCUCCAGCCACGCAACCUCUCGCCGUGGCUGCUCCCAUGAUGCCAGAAGCCUUUAAUGCUGCCACAUUCGCGCAAACCGUCACGAAAAACUUUGGCGAUAUAGUUCGUGUUUUGCCCUCAUUGUUGAUGGGGGCUCGACAAGGGGUUCAACUCAUUCAGACCAUUACACAACUAUUCGGAGGACUCGAUGCCAUUGGGGAUCUUGCGGGUGGGAUUUUGUAGAUGUCAUCAAAUAAAUAGCUGAUAUUUAUACAUGAUUUCAAAUGAGAAUAAAAUGAAGAAUUGUUACUAAUGAGAA